GGGUGGACGGCCUGCACGUGAGUCACCGUGAUGGCCAGCAGCUCUGAUGUGGUGAAGAGAGUCACGAGGUUCAAACUUCAGCUCGCGGACACAGCAGAGUCUGCAACGGUUCUUAGAAUCUUGCAGAAACUCAAGGAUAUGAAUAUCACACUAGAGGUGCUUUCUGAAACUGGAAUUGGGAAAAUCGUUAACUCUUGGCGCAGACAUGAGAAGGCCGGAGAACUUGCCAAGUCGUUAGUUAGAGGUUGGAAGAAACUUCUCUCUAAGGAGGGCACAAGCCUCACAGAUGAUGCGUCCGAGGCGGUUUCUGUUAAAGACAAACUGGACGACCAAAAGUGUCCAGACGCUGGAGCUUUGAAAACAGAUUUAAACAACAACAACUGCGAAACAUCUCACAGCAAGAGUCAGGAUUCUUCAGAUGAAGCCUUCGUCAAAACAGGGAGUAAGAAAGAGAAACAACGGUGUGGAGAGCAGAAAGGAAAAAAGAAGGAAAAUCCAACAAAAACUGAACAAGUAAAGGAGCAUAUUUUCCAGAGUGAUGUCUUGGAAAAGAAAACUGAAUCAGAUGAAAUAGAUGAUUCUUUUCCUUCCAAGAAAAAUGAUCAGAGAGACAGAAAAUCCAGAGACGGCAACAAAAAUCCAAAGGAGGCUCAUCUGAGAUCCAGGUCUGAUUCCAGGGAAAAACUGAGAAUCAAUUCCGACAGUGGAAGAUUUGUCUCAGAAAAGGAGCCAAAUAAGAAAUUAAAGAAGAAAAGCCAAGAAUCUUUUUCAUUUGAAACCAGUGACAAAUACUCAAAAACUUUAAAACUGACCAAUGUUGGAGAUGACGAAUCUUCAGGAAUAUCAAGGAGCUCAGAGUCCCGGAAGAGAAAAAGGAAGAAAACAAGUAAAGAGCGGAGCCCUGCUCUCAACCACGAACAAGAGUCUGAGGAUAAGGGAUGUUCAAAAAACAAAAAGGCCAAAAUGAAACCCAAAGAUGAGGGAGGUGGCGUCGACCGAACAGAGGCCUCCAAGUCUUUCGAAUCGUUCUUGAACUAUGAUAUGAACGUGUCGAAGAAGAAAGAAAGAUGUGGAGCGAAGAAAACGUCCAAAAAACUCAAGAUUAAAGUAAAAGAGGAGGCAACGAAACAUCCUGAUGUUAAACCUUUCAAAUUAUCUGCAAAUGGUAGUCCUCUGAAACAGAGAUUUCAGGAUUCUGUCAUGGAGUUGAUGAGCAUCCCUUUACCGGCUUCUCUGCCUGAAUGCGAAAAGCCAUCCUGUGUUGAUUAUGUUGACAUGAGAGUUGAGAAAGAGUCGGAUAUAUGUGAGGUCUCCGAGGAGCCCGCCAUGUUCACUGGUCAGCGGCUGAACAAGAAGAUGCAAGUGUACUCAGGCGCCAAGACCGUCUUCCUCCCAGCCAUGCUGAGCUUGUACCAGCAGUGUAUCCGCACCCUCCAGAACAAUAUUGGCAUGCUUCAUGAAACUGGUGGGGUCCCGUUUGAAAUCCUCGAGCCGGUGCUGGAGAGGUGCACGUCGGAGCAGCUGCUACGCAUUGAGGAGUGCAACCCAAUCUACGUUGGAGUGACAGACCAUUUAUGGGGUAAACACUGCCAGAGGGACUUCAAGCACUCCAGCCUUCAGGAGUAUGAAUCGUGGAAGGAGAUGUACGUCAGGCUGUCAGAAGAGAGGGAGAGGAAGCUGCAUAGACUGACAAAAACCAUUAUUUCUGCACAUUCUGUUAAACCUAAAGGUAGGCAGGUGAAGAUGGCAUUUAUUCACACUGUUGCCAAGCCACCGAGAGAUGUGCGAAUUCAGCAGGAGAUUCAUGGAACUGCUAGUCAGCAGCCUAAUCCCCCCAGGAGCAGUGUCAAGGUUGAAGACAACAGAUUGCGACCAAGUUAUAAUGAGCCCAGCAAAACCAACAGCUCCAGUUCAGGGGGAAGCACUACUCAAGACCCCCGCAAAAAAACAAGAGUUGCUCCGAUGAUGGCAAAGUCCUUGAAGGCAUUUAAGAAGCAGCUGGGACGAAGAUAA